AAUAAUAUUAAUAGUAAUGAUAAUAUUACUGUCCCUUUCAUUCACUUUUAAGUUCUGCAGUCAUUCUGACUACAAUAUUCAAAGGGAUCCAGCUGCUGAAACCCAGGUCUGGGUAACCUUACCUGAAUCCACACCUGGACAGCAACCAGCCAGCCAGCUCUUCAGACUGCAGUAGCAGGGAUUCUCACCUGAUUUUAUUACUUCUCUCAUCUCCUCGACUCACUCCUCUUUUUUUCAAGAGAGCUGCAAAGACAUCCUUCUGAAACCCUUCAAAAAAAUGAAGGAAAUAGCUAAAUACAGCAGGGCCAUGCCUCCACCCAAACAAACAACUAGAGCUGGUGUCCGAUGAUCAAGAAUAAUUAUUUGUUUUAAAAAACAUUUUAGGAUAUGUUAGCACAUGCUAAGGAUUCAUACAAUGAGGGUAGCUCAGUUUGCUUGUAAAAGCUUUUGUGCUAUGCCAUGUGUUUUAAUGAUGCAUACCAUAUCCUACUGUAUAUACAGUAAAAGCUAUAUUUUGAUUUCAAAAUGAAUAGAGACACUUGUCACUGCUGGCCUUGGCUGGCUCUCCUAAGAGCCCCCAGUACAUUUCAAACCCUUUCAGAAUUGGUCCCUGGUUGUUGAGACUGAAAGCAGCUGCCCUUCUCCUCCGUUUACCUGCCUGUCGCUCUGUCCUCCGCAGCGCUCCAGCCCCAGCCCCAGCAGGGGGCACGACAGCACAGCCCGAGGCUUCACCGGGGUCCAGGUACCUGUCGCUGGCAGCCACCUCCAUCUCCUCUGCUAUCACUGCGCAGGCUAGUGCCAGCUUCAGCAUGCAGUCCUCCUCCUCCUACAGCGUCCAGUCCAAAACCACCACGACCAGCUCCUUUCCCCAGCCCUCGGCGGUACAGCAGAGAGCAGUGCCAACCCCUGCCUCUCCUCCAAAGGUCGUCAGCACCAUCAAUAUUGUGCCCACUGCCUACCCCCCCGCCCCAGCCCCAGCUCCAGUAUAUACCCCUGCCCCAGCUCCAGUCCCAGCCGCUGCCCCUGCCCCGACGACUGCUGGUCGCCCCCCCUGGGUGACGGACAACUCCUUCGCUCAGAAGUUUGUUCCUGGGGCAAGCACCACUACCCUCACCAAACACAUCCAGCCUCUCCCCCAGGCUGCCCCGCUUCCUCCUGCCAUCAUUCCCAACUCCUCCCUCCCCCAUCACCCAGCCCCCAGCACCGCCCCCUUCUCCACCCCCUCCGUAGGCCGCGGGAUCUUGCAGAGGGCAGAGCGCUUCCCGGCAGGCAGUCGGACCCCGCUGUGUAGCUCCUGCAAUGGCAUCAUCAGGGGUCCCUUCAUGGUGGCGCUGGGGCGCUCCUGGCACCCGGAGGAGUUUAACUGCCACUACUGCCACACCUCCCUGGCGGACGCAUCCUUUGUGGAGGAGCAGAACAACGUGUACUGCGAGGGCUGCUACGGGCAGUUCUUCGCGCCCACCUGCGCCCGCUGCAGCACCAAGAUCAUGGGGGAAGUGAUGCAUGCACUGAGGCAGACCUGGCACACCACCUGCUUCGUGUGCGCUGCCUGCAACAAGCCCUUCGGAAACAGCCUCUUCCACAUGGAGGACGGAGAGCCCUACUGUGAAAAAGACUAUGUCGCUCUGUUCAGCACUAAGUGCCACGGCUGUGACUUCCCAGUGGAGGCAGGAGACAAGUUCAUCGAGGCCCUGGGACAGACCUGGCACGACUCCUGCUUCGUCUGUGCGGUGUGCAACGUGAAUCUGGAAGGAAAGCCAUUCUACUCCAAGAAGGACAAACCACUGUGUAAAAAGCACGCUCACGCCAUCAACGUGUAGAGAAAGAGAGAGGGAGAGCAAAGGAAGGAAAGGGCAAAAACACGGAUCAGAUCAGACUGCCCACCUUGAGAACUCUCUAGGAAUCCUCAAGGUCAACGAGGGCUUUACGAUUUCCCAGAAUUAACGAAAACUAAAAAUUUGAAGAAAAAAGGAGAAUCGCAAAAAAAUAUAUAAAAUAUAUUUUAAAAAUAUAUAAAAAUAUAUUUCAGGGUUUACAACCAGAAGUGACAAAAACAUGUAUUACUAUAAUAUAUUGACGGUUUUUAAAAGCAGUAUUAGCUUGUUGUUGUACCACUACUGUUUUAGGCUAGUUAGUUUGUUUGUUAUUUAGAUUACAAAUAAGGUAUUCCAAACUAUAAUUAUACAUAUAGUUUUAUAAUUAAUAAUAAUGGGGUAGUGCUUUGAAGUUUUCAGCUCUUUUUGACAUGUAUUGUAUGAAACAAAUAACUAUUAUAAUGUUGAAGGUUCAGCUGUAGUACAGAUCAAGAUCUAUCCAACCCCACAAAAGAUUCACCCAGUCCAGUGCAUCCAUUAUAUGGGCUUGCUCUGUACACACCUGACCUGUGACUGUUUGCCUCAUCCCAAAAACACAACAAGCCACAUUUUCAAAGCGUUUACUCAGGUCUUUAAUUCACUCCUGUUUUUUGAAAGAGGUAAAAACACCUGUUCAU